AUGGCUCGUUCGUUCUUCCGCAAGUUGUUGUUUAACUUAUUCUCUGAAGAUGAGUUAGAGGUUGGUCUUAAUGACGAUGUCGGAUCAACGUCCCGGCAUGGUCGCAAUCACCAACGUCGUAAGUAUAUUUGGUGUGAUCAUAUUCAAGGGCAAGAACAACUAUUUCGUGACUAUUUUGCAGAACCACCAGUAUAUCCCUCAAAUCUUUUUCGAAGUAGAUACCAUAUGAGUCGUCCGCUAUUUCUUCGUAUUCUUAAUGAGGUUGAGGCUUACGAGCCAUAUUUCAUCCAAAAAAAAGAUAAUGUCGAAAAACUUAGUUUAUCUUCUAUGCAAACGAUAACUGUUGCCAUUAGAAUGCUUGCGUAUGGAGUUACUGCUGAUUUUAUGGAUGAAUACAUACGAAUUAGAGAAAGCACCACAAUUGUUGAUGUUUUUUCUAAUGAAUAUUUGCGGUCUCCAAAUACUAAUGAUAUUUCUCGAUUGCUCGUGGUUAGUGAGCAAUAUGGAUUCCCCAAGAUGCUCGGAAGUAUUGAUUGCAUGUAUUGA